GUCGUGCAUAUAAGCCAGUCGCACUCGUGUUCGCAGAGGCUCGGAGUGCCGACAUACCAGCUCAUGGCCGUGAGCUUCCCGAGCAUACCGAUGCAGAACGGAUCCUGCCGCUAUCCCGGCUGCCAGAACAGCACCUUCCAAAACGCUAACGGCUCGUACUCGUCGUUUUGCUCUAGGAGACAUCGGGAUGCUGCUAGCAGUGUUCAACAAUCAAAUGAACCCCAGGCUGCCACUGAAGUAGGCCCGACGGUCGGACUAUGCAAGAACUGUCAAUUGCGACCCGUGUAUUCCGACGGCAAUCGAGCUCAUGAGUUCUGUGGUACGCGCUGCCGUGACGCCUACCAGACGUCGGCUGGUGGAGCGACCCAAGCAAGACCGGCGGGUCCGCGCACUGGGACUUGCAAGCUCCGCGGAUGCCAGCGGCCAGUAUAUGUAGGGCCGAACGGAAGACCAAGUGAAUACUGCUCUAUGGCACACCGCGCCGAAGGCGUGCAGACUGGAGCGGAGCUAUGCUUGCUGUAUGCGUCCCGCAACUCCGGGUCUCCGGCUCACGACGUUGAUACUGACCGGCGGUGGGCUACUAGGUGCGGGCAGUGGCCGAAGGUCAUCAUCAACGGGAAGCUGAGCGACUUCUGCUCCAAUCGAUGCAAGGAAGACACGUUCAGCUCCGCCCCUCUCAUUCUGCACCUCGACAAAGAGAUGGCGGCCUUCAAGGAUGUGGAGAAACAAUUCACAGACAAGUGGAAACACCCCACAACUGUUCCGACUGUGGUCAAGAUAUGGAAGAUCUACUCUAGGAAGAAACACACCGACGAUUUUCUGUCGUACAAGGAUGCUGUCGAACGCAUGACCGGUCUCCCAGGCGGGAACAGCAGACGGAGGUGGCACGGCACGUUCCGGCAAUGCACGAUCGGCGACACCGAGAGCCAAGUUGCUCUAUGCCAGGACGCCAACUGCUCGCUCUGCAGGAUCAUCGAGACGUCAUUCAGCGUCGCGCAAGCUAGCAAGAGAUUUGGGGGCCGGUUCGGGAAAGGAAUAUACAUAUCGGCCACGUCGUCCAAAUCGAAUGACUACGUCCAAGAGCGCGGUGGGUCGCCGUACAAGGCGAUGCUGCUCAAUGAUGUUGUCAUGGGCAAGACUAAGAAACUUACGACGGGCGACAUGACCCUUAUGGAGCCACCUGCCGGCUACGACUCUGUCGUCGGCGAGCCUGGUGCCGACUUGAACUACGACGAGGCUAUCGUGUACAGGGACGACGCCAUUCGGCCGCUGUUUCUGAUCAUCUACAAGAUGUGAUGGUCAGGGCGACGGUCAGGCAGAAGAUCUCAUA